UCCACCUCCCACAUUGCCGCAGCCGCAGUAGAGAACUUCAUCUACUUCACUCUACACUAGCGGCCAUCUUCUCUCAGCACGAGAAGAAGAGUGGCGCAUCAGACAUGGCAGAUUAUUCCAACGUGGCUCCACCGUCCUCAAACAACGGAGGAGGAAUGAACGACGCCUUUAAGGAUGCACUACAGCGGGCAAGACAAAUUGCUGCUAAAAUAGGGGGCGAUGGCGUUGCCCCUCCUCCUUCGGCAAAUGACUUUGGGUAUGGGGGGCAGAAACGGCCUUUGGAAGACGCUGAUCAACCAGAAGCAAAGAAGGUUGCCCCUAAUGACCCUUUCAAUGCGGUCAUGGGUGGGAUGGGCGGAGGUCCCUCAAGAUCUAUUUCGGAGGAGUUCAAAGUUCCAGACGGCAUGGUUGGAUUUAUCAUCGGAAGAGGAGGAGAGCAGAUAUCCCGGUUGCAGCAGGAGUCAGGAUGUAAAAUACAAAUCGCCCCAGACAGUGGAGGAAUGCCAGAGAGGUCGGUGACAUUAACAGGAGGUCCAGAAUCCAUCCAGGCUGCGAAGAGGUUAUUAACAGAGAUUGUGGAGAAGGGCAGGCCCACACCAUUCCACCAUAAUGAUGGCCCAGGCAUGACUGUGCAGGAGAUUCUCGUCCCUGCCUCUAAAGCUGGCCUUGUUAUCGGCAAGGGUGGAGAAACCAUUAAACAGUUACAGGAACGCGCUGGUGUGAAGAUGGUAAUGAUCCAGGACGGGCCGCAAAACACAGGAGCAGACAAACCUCUCCGGAUUUCAGGAGAACCUUUUAAAGUUCAACAAGCCAAAGAGAUGGUCAUGGAACUGAUUAGAGAUCAAGGUUUCCGGGAGCAACGCGGCGAAUAUGGCUCAAGGAUGGGAGGAGGAGGAGGAGGCGGCGGUGGUGGUGGUGGUGGUGGUGGAGGAGGAGGAGGAGGAGGAGGUGGCGGCCACGGUGGCAAUGGUGGAAAUGGCAAUGGUGGCAAUGGUGACGGUGGUGACAGUCUGGAUGUUCCAGUGCCACGGUUUGCAGUUGGAAUCGUGAUUGGACGGAAUGGUGAAAUGAUUAAGAAAAUCCAAAAUGACACUGGAGUGCGAAUUCAGUUCAAACCAGAUGAUGGCACUACACCCGAGAGGAUAGCCCAGAUCAUGGGGCCGCCUGACCGAGCACAGCAUGCGGCCGAGAUCAUCUCUGACCUACUGAGGAGCGUGCAGGCUGGAGGACCUCCAGGACCUGGGGGCAGGGGCAGAGGUCGUGGCCAGGGCAACUGGAAUAUGGGCCCACCUGGAGGCCUGCAGGAGUUCACCUUCACCGUCCCCACUAUGAAAACUGGCCUCAUCAUCGGGAAAGGGGGUGAGACCAUUAAAGGCAUCAGCCAGCAGUCGGGGGCCAGAAUAGAGCUGCAGAGGAACCCCCCUCCCAAUGCCGACCCCAGCAUCAAGGUUUUCACUGUCCGAGGGACGCACCAACAGAUCGACUACGCCCGACAGCUGGUGGAAGAGAAGAUCGGAGGUCCAGUCAGUCCAAUGGGUGGUCCUCAUGGACCGCCGGGCCCUCACGGAGGACCUGCCCCUCAUGGCCCUCCAGGGCCCCCUGGACCCCCUGCACCAAUGGGACCCUACAACCCCGGGCCCUACAACCAGGGCCCCCCAGGACCUCAUGGUGGUCCUCCUGGCCCCUACCCACCCCAGGGCUGGGGCAAUGGGUACCCAGGGCACUGGCAACAGGGACAGCAAGAUCCCAAUAAAGCAGCAGCGGACGCCAAUGCAGCGGCGUGGGCGGCUUAUUAUGCCCAGUACCAGCAGCAGCCUCAGACACCCAUGACGCCCACCAGCACUGCACCAGGCACAGCACAGACCAACGGGCAAGGUGACCCGCAGGCUCCAGGUCAGAGUGGACAGGCAGAUUACACCAAGGCCUGGGAGGAAUAUUACAAGAAAUCGGGUCAACAAGGCCAGCCUGCACAGGACUACACAAAGGCCUGGGAAGAGUACUACAAAAAACAAGGUCAGGCCGCCCCUCAGGCAGCGGCGGCCACGCCAACGCCUGCCGCCCAGCCCGGAGGCCAGCCGGACUACAGUGCAGCCUGGGCUGAGUACUACCGCCAGCAAGCUGCCUACUAUGGCCAGGCUGGAGCCCAGGGCAUGGGAGCAGCUCCACAGGCCCCGCAGGGCCAGUAAUGUGAAGUGGACAUAAACUAAAUGCUACAUUGUCGAAACAAAUCCUUUGUUAAAUGUUUGGAUGCAGACGUCUUGAUGAUGAUGAUGAAGAUCUUAAAUUUCCUUGGUUUAAAAAAGUGUUUCAAAUAGAUUGCAACAUGGCUCCGGAGUAAAGUAUUUUUCUUUAUUCUUUUUUGUUUUUUUUGCUGUUCUUCUUGUAAAUGAACGGUUUGUUUUUUUUAAGGUAAUAUUAGCAUAUGGUCAUUCCAGCUCCUGUAUAUCUCCAUCUAAUGUGGUUAGAGCUCAUGUUUAUACAAACUGUAGUCAUUUCCAUGUAAAUCAUCUCCGUUUUAAAUAUGAAAUGCUUGUUGUGUUUUGCAAUAAAACAAAAUGAAACCUCCUGUGUUGGUAAGUGGGGUGACCGAAAGGGGGUGGAAACCAUCUAAGCAGUUUGAGAUGUGGGGGGGGGGGGGGUGGAUCAUGUAAGAUAUAACAUGCAGACUGAAAUAUGUUCAAUUCCUUUCUGUCCACAUUUUCUGAGAAAAUAUGCUCUGCCAUUUUCUUGUCUCUCUCCAACUGUCUAUGCGGUUCCUGUUUUUAAAAAUUUGUAAUCCCUAGUUUUAUUUUUAAUGUGUGAAUGCAAUGCAGAGAUCGAUUGUGUGUCUCGUAUCCUUUAUCAGUAAAGUUAGUGGUGUUUCCCUGCAUUUUUAAACUGGCCAUUGCUGAGGUUCUAGGAGCAAACAGAUACUUCUGUUACUGGUGGGUCAGUGAUAGGUAUGGCACACUCUCGGUCCUUGCUCAGUCCUGAAGCCGCUUGCGCGUUGUGCCUGGUGACUCAAGCUAGUUGUGCACUGUAUGUAAUGAGAGAAACUUUUUCUCCCUCACAGGCAAGAUUAGGAAGGUGGUAAGCAAGAGGUAUUUUAACACAAUAUUCUUUUGGAUUUUGUCACAAAGUACUGCAAGCAUUUUAGUUGAAUUUGUUGCUCUCUUACAGGACAGGUACAAUGUUGAUAUUUGAAAGCGAUGACAUGCAAAAGCACUUGUUUUUUUUUGUUCCUUCCCCCUCCGUAUUCAUGCAUCACGUUUUUGUAAUUAUCUGCUGGCCUUUUCUUGAAACUAUUUUGAUACAAAUUAAAACGAAAAAGCUGAAUUUGCAAAAAUCCGAAGUUUUUGUUGUACCAGUUGUCUGUUGGCAUCCAUCCAGUAUAUAGAUUUGUAGGUGUUUAGGGCGGGGAGGUAACGAGGUGCCUCACCACCGACAUGAUCCCUCCACCGUAAGUACAAUACAAUGUGAUUUAAGAGCCAUCACUUGUCUUUGAUAUCUUGCUGAGAAUUAAUAUAGUGUGCUAGACAUGUCUCUUUUAAGUUACAAACAUUUGGUAAGUAUUAUAGAGCCCCAAAUCCCCAAUUUUGUUAAGUUGCUCAUGUUUCUGACCUUUGAAAUGGCCUCUGUCUUUGACAAAUUGGACUGGUUUUUCUUUUUUGCGUAUGUUAUGAACUACUGAAUUUAUGCAAUGACACUUCCAUUCAGCAAUAUUUUCAUUCCGCAUCGUAGCAAUGUAGCUGCUUUUUUGUGAUGACUACAGUAUAUGAAGUUCUUUAGUGUUUCUGAAAUAUCUGCGUGUGUUUCUGCUGAAUUAACUAGUUUGGCAUUCAACACUUUCUUUCCUCUGUAGGAAAGCCCGAAUAGAAUAAGAACUCAAGUCACCAUUGAAGUUUGAGUGAGUCAAGUGAGAACGUAGUGGUUAUUGUUUUCUUUAUUUAAUUAAAAAAAAAAAUAUAUACCCCCAAUGUCAAUACACGAAGCUAAAAAUGUUAAUGUUAAAAAUAUAAUUUAAGGCUUGUCACCUCUGAAAUAUCAGGAUUUAAUGUAGCACGUUGAUGCUAAGCGAUGUCUUGUAGUAGCAACUCAGCAUGCUGAUGUCUUAGGCAUAGAAUUGAAGUGCUUCAGACUAGUGUUCUACAUUUUUCAGACUUGCCCAUUGUUUGUCAGACAUGCCUUUUUUGAACCCUGAACACUGUCAUUCUGAUGGCUGUUGAAUUGACGCCAAUUAUGUGACUGAUUAGUUCAUUGAUGGCAAACAGUGCAUUAUCUAAUUCUUGCAGUGUCAACCCAGACCUUGCACCUUAGGUUCUGCUGCAAUAAUACAGGUAAGCGUAACCUAAGGAAACAAGUGUUUUGACCUGUGCUAUAGACAUUUAUUGCUGUCUGACCUGCCCACAACUUGUGAUUAGCUUAAUUUUUUUUGCCUUAGAAUUGAUUACCACAAUAGGAAAUUAAAACAGUCAAAAUGUUGCUCUGUCUGUUUAAAUUCCAGCCUGGAGAUGGUUACAGUCUUCAUGCACUGUGUUGUAUAUUCUCAGCCUAAAUGAUUUGCAUGGCAUAUACUUUCAUGACUAUUAGUAGCAAAGUAAAUGCUACAUGCCAUUUAUAAAGUGUCGAUAUAUAAUAUUAAAUAUUCGCAACCGUCCAGGAUUUGAAUAAAUGUCCUCACUAAGUUUUAGUAAUCUGAAUUUAGUCUUCAAAUAUCUGUUAUAUUAAGCAGUUGUUUUCUCUUGUUUGGGUGGGGGAUUGGGGAGUCUGUGACCAGGAUGCUUAGAAUGCCUUCUCUUGUUUUAACAUCACUAUACUUAGGCUGCAUGCAGUGGCAAAUGCCUUGGCGGGAGCUAGUCAUACUAAUGCCCUCAGUUGCGAAUUGCGUUAAGUGUGAUGAAAUAUCUAUGCUGCUGUUGCCAUUGGUUUGAAACCUGUGAAUUCAUGCCCUGCUGCAGUGCUAAUAUCUUGUCAAAAAUUGCUGCCUCCAUUCUCACUCACAGUGUGGAAGAUGCUGCAGGCAAUAGAUCGUAGAAUCAGAUCCUGAGCUAGUUUGUCCCUAAGGAGGAAUCCUUUGAGUCUGUCCCUCUGCUGAACGUAGACCAUUCAAGGGCUCCAGUUAUAAGGUAACCAAUAUAAUGAGGAAACCUGUGACUGUUUAAGUUGUCUUUUUGAUGCUGAGUCUAGGGACAUGUCUGAUUACAGUUCUGUUGAAUUCCUAAGAUGUUGCCAUUCUGAAUAUGCCAUUGACCUGUGGUGGUGUUGAAUUAUGCUUGUCUCAUUGCAUUUGCUUAUUGCUUUGCGUAGGGCUUUGAAAGAAUUUGUAUGACUGCUUUAGACUAGUUUUUAAAGACCAGGAACUGUUCUUUGUAGACCCGUGUCAGUCGUCAAGUCUAGGCAGUAAAUUGGAGAAGAGCGAUCACUUUUUUUUCCCCCCUUCCCCUCUUUUGAAAUUUCUCCUCAGCUUGCAAUGAAUACCCAUUUUUGCAUAAACCUUUCUUGUACAUAUAUAUACCAGUAAGCGAGAGGUUUUCACAGCAGAGUAUGUGGGGGGGUGUAGACCAGAUGACACAACCUAAAACUUUUCUAGACGUCUAGAGCAUGCCUUAGAGGUAAACUCACAGAUGGUUUUGUGUGCUGUUCAAGUUUUCGAAUGUUCUCUCGUGGAGUUGGUUUUGUUAGAUUUUUUUGACUGUUCUCCAUUGUUGCCAUGACCAUGAAAUAAAGAUGUGAACUCAAAAA